UGAUCCACACUGCAAGGCCUUGGUAUCAGGCAGCUCUGACAAACAAGGAUGAUAAAUUCACCAUUACUUCGCCGUAUUUGAUGCGGCACUGAAGAGUGGAUCAUAUCGUUUUUCAAAAGCAAUCACAUGAAAACUUCAUCUGAUAGCGAUAAGUUUACGGCAGUCAUUGGAUAUGAUAUUACAAUCUGGAAAUUCUAUGAAAUGCUACAAGCUAUCGACAAACGCUGCAACGACAUGUGUAUGAUAUUAGACCCGUCAGGGUACGUCGUCUAUCAUCCCAACAUGAUUAUAGAUAAUUAUGACUACAAGAGUCAUGUGGUCGAAUUUGAACCGGCCGUUUCCAAGUUUCUCAUCGACAAAAAGAUUUUAAUAAAACAACGAUGCUUUGAUCAGGGAGCUCAACAAGCUUAUCAAGAAUAUCACAGCGGUGAUAUGCAGAAGUUGCCUGCGAGAGGUGACAAUGAUCUAUUUAGAUUAGAUCUUCUUGCCGGCACUCAUCUCAUCCUAUUUUCAAGUCAUGAAUCUGGCGGGUGGGAAAGUUGGGAGCAAUGCUCAAAGGAAGAGAUCAGAUCAUCCUGCAGAAUUACAGAUGCCUGCCAAACGCCAUGCUUUAAUAAAUCAGAGUCAGAGUGUGGAAAUGAAUAUGUGAAUGCAUGUAUUCCUUACCAUCCCCACGUUCAUCCCGUGCAUGACGAACCACGCGAGUCGGACCCCUGUUUUGAACACUUCGACGAUUUUCAUGAAAAUCGAAUGAAACUAGAAUUAGGGUGGCUGGGAAAUGCUGUAAGUGGGUUCUUCAUUAUCGCAUUCUCAAUCGGAUGCGCACUUGGUAAAAAAUGGUGGCUUGGAAAUAGAUCUCAACAACAACAAGUAACUGGAGGAAUCCCUCAAACUGCUAUUUUAGCAUCUGAAUUUGGAGGUCAACCUGCCCAAGACUUUGUGAACGGUCCGAUGCAACCUGGUAUUGGUGGUCAAUUCCCGCAAACAAACGGUCCCUUCUCUGGUGUGGUCGGUAAUCCACAGAUCCCACAGGCGUAUGGGUUUGCACCUAUGGACCAGCAACAAAAUCAAUUCAACGCCCCUCCGGCCUAUGGAUACAAUCCACAGCAUCCAAUUCCACCACCUCCCCCAGGUACGACACCUAUACCGCAAACUAUGCCGGGGUUUAUUCCCCCUGGAUCCCAGCCACCAUCGUACAACAGUGCAAUAACUGGACAGUAUAACACAACCCAGUUCAAUUAAAUUACAUUUUUGUUAUUAAUAUUUUUUCAUUUUAUGUCGCACAACCUAUGUAAGAUGCUAAUAAAUAUUGUAAUGUCGU